AUGAACUGUACUCUUCCCCUUUGCAAAGAGUUCUUUAAAGAAAUAACAGCCUAUUUAGACCAUGAUGAUUUUAAAUUAACAAUUACUGGAAAUCAGCCGUCAAUCACUCUACCUUAUUACCUGGACAAGAAUGCCCAUUCUGUUGAACUAAUUAUCUUCAAAUCAACAUUUUUAUCUCUCUUCCAAGAAGCGCAUACAUACUUCAACAGCAGUCUCUCUGAUCAAAGCGGCAUUAUUAAUGAAAAUAUUUAUUACAUGACUAUUGGACUUCUACUCACAACACCCGAGAACAAAACGGUAUAUAAUAUGCAUGAGGAGCUGCUCAAGAAAUAUUUUCAAGAUAGUAGUGUUUUGAUUAUUCCGGGUUUAUUUGCCAAAGAAGUAAGGCUGGUUCAGCGGCUCCUUUGCUCAUCAAACAAUCGCAUCAACAAGUCGUCAUCUCUCUGGAUAUUAUAUCGAAAAUUAUAUAUCUUGACUCUUCAUGUGAAGACAUCAAUUUUCCCGGAUCUUCUUCAUGUAUUCUCCUCUUCUGGGGCCCAGCAUUUUUCUAAUUAUUACUGUUGGAAUACUGCUAGAUGGUUUUAUGAUAAUAUACCUUUUAAUAAAAGAAUUGAGCUCUUUAAUCUGACGAAGGCAUUUUGCUUUCAGCACAUCAAGGAUUGUUCAUCAUGGAGUACAUUAGCAUAUAUGGUAUGCCAACAGGAACAAAAAAACAAAAAUAAUAUAUGUGAUUUUCAAAGGCUGGCAAUCUCUUUUAAUUUACCGACUGAGUCAAAAAAGGUUGACUUGAAUUUUCAAAUACAAUGUGCUGGUUCAUUUAUCCAAGAACUGAUUGAAUGGAUUAAUAGGACAUAUGUUGCAGAUUGGCCUCCAUAUCUGUGCCUUUUGCAAAUUACGAAACUUGAUCUUAUCUUGGGAAUUAAGAUGGACUCUUUCUUAUCAACUUGGAAGCACGAAAUUCGAAAUUUCGAGGAGAACAGUGGUAAUAUCAAAUUAAAGAACAAUACACCAAUAGUGCCUAAACAGCUUUCAAACGACCUUCUAGUUUCUGAAAAUGUUUUACACUUUGGCUAUAAAAAGCUUUUCCUAAGUAAGUUUUUCGAUAAAUGA